AAUAAGUCACAAAUCAGCCGACUCAUUUCCCACAGAAUUCACUCCUAAUACUUCACUUUUUAUUAACUUUUGGAAGAAGUUUAAUGUGAAAUUAGUUGCCAUGUAUAGUUUUGAGGGUGAUUUUCGUCGCAAACCCAUGCAGUCUCUGCGAGGGGCAAGCAAGAAGGAGGAAAAGAAUGUGUUACUUCAAAGAGCUCAGGCGGAACGACAGAAGAGAGAGAUUCAGAGGAAGAAACUGGAAAGUUCCGUGAAAAUCCAAUCUUGGUAUCGCGGCUGCAAAACCAGGAAAAAACAGGCCAGAGUGUUCAGACAGUGGUAUGAUGACCAUGUCCAGAACUUCCCAGUCACUGAGAGUGCUCAGCUGACAAACAUCAUGGAGCUGACCAGUCACCUGCUGUAUUUCUAUAAUGACCAGACUGAUGGCCAGCGACUUACAUGGCUGUGUCAGCAGAUCCUUCGUGUGAAAGAAAAGUAUAUUGAGUUCAUGUAUGGACGACAUGAACAGAUGGAGUAUCAGCUCAAGUGUUUGUUAUCUCUUUGUCUCAGCUAUCUGGAGAGCAUUGCUCCCACACCUGUCCCUAUAGCCAUCCCCAUGAGGAUGCUGGAGGUAUUUACCAGCCCAGAGAGUUAUCAGGCAGUUGCAGAGAAAGCAAGACGACCGGACACAGAAUACCGCAUUUACAAGUUUCUCAUCAACAAAGGAUAUUUUGGGUGCAUGCGAACUGUGCUGAAUGAGAAAGUACCAUCCAGUCUGGACAAGACCACCGAGCCACCAACACCUGUAGCAGCCAGUAUCUUUGAUCUUAUCAUGAAACCAAUCUGCUACGCAGCAUCCAGCCCAGAUAAAAACUUUAGUCAGUCCGUUCUGAAGGCAGUGUGUAAAGCUCUCCUGUGCCCGUCCUACACUGAACAGAUUGGACACUUCCUUCUGCCUGCUAUGGCAUAUGGCCGCUAUCCAUUCCCUUUGGUAGAACUGAUCCAGGCUCUUAUAUCAGAAAGCCCUGGGGAAUCCCCUAGUGAAUCCAUGGAGAAGUGGACAGGGACCUCAGCCAGACUUAACACCACUACUGCUCUACCACUCACACCCUGGCUGCUUUGUGCUCUACUCACCCUGGGAGAAAAGGGACUACAGAACCUCACUCCAAGAGAGAUGUUACAGUAUGUGCUUGUGCUAAAGACAUUGGUGAUGGAGUUACCCCCUCCUCGUGGUGCACAGAUGGACCAGGGAGAAUCUGACAGUGAAGAUGAAGGCAUGGUGAUAGAUCAGGAGGUUGUCUCCUACAGCAGUGUGGAAGACUUAAGAGAGGACUGCUUGAGAUUACUCAACUCUCAAGAUCUCGUUAAGGCUGUGAUGUUCUCUACUGUGCAUUAUCCUGAGCCCGCUACCUUCACUGCUGUCUGUACAAUAUGCCAUUGCUUACUCGCUGUACAAAGACUUCCAGUGCAUAAAACAAGGUUGCUUUACACUUUAGCAUAUAAUGCCAGUUUCAUAAAACAUCUUUGGGAGAGUUGUCUGUCUGUCUCUGCAGCAUCUGUGACUGGAUCACAAACCCGUCUGUUACAAAUGUUAUCAGGAGGGUUGCAGAUGUCCCCACAUGAUGUGGAGAGAAUCAUCCCCAUGUUAUCAGUAUUCUGCUCUCUGUUCAGCCACUCGCUUCUCACACUACACGAUGCUGAGUUCUAUGGGGGAUUCAAAGACUCCAGUUCCUCGUCCAUGCCCUUUGACCUUCCAGAGCUGGCACGAAUGGCCUUAGCAUUGCGAGAAGCUUGUCUAGGGAUUAUUGAGCUGGCACACCCUGACUCCAAGCCUGUGGUACAUGAGGAGUACAGAGCUGCCCUACUUAAGACAGGCAUCCGUACCCAUCAAGAGACCUCCCCCGCAGAGGAGAAACAGACUGAAACAUGGGCUUACCUUUUCAAGGUAAUCGCCCACUUGGUUCGGCAGUUGUACAAGAGAGAUGCCCGUCGUCAGUUUUGCCCCCCUAACCACUGGCUAGCUCCACAUGUGUCCAUCAAAGCUGAACGGCCUGCUCAGCUUUACCGUGCUCAAAGAGAAAUGUUUGUCAGGCGGCCAUUGGGGGCUUUAAGGUCUUUAGCUCAAACCAAAGUUGAGGAUGAAGGUCCACCCCUGUCAAACAAAGAGAUUAGAAAUCUGGUGGUGUUAACCGAAGUGCCUUUUGUUGUGGCCUUUCAGGAAAGGGUUAAAGUUUUACAAAGGCUAAUCAACAAAGAUAAAGAGGAGCACCAGAAUGACAUGACCCAGUUCCUGUCAGGCCCGGCCAUCAAUGUCAUGAUCAGGCGCAACUAUAUCUAUGAGGAUGCUUUUGAAAAACUUUCCAAAGAUAAUGAGCCAAACCUAAAGUUGAAGAUGAGGAUCCAGUUGGUGAAUGCAGCAGGGCUGGACGAGGCUGGUAUUGAUGGGGGAGGAAUCUUUAGAGAGUUUCUAAGUCAGCUCUUAAAAACAGCAUUUGACCCAAAUCGUGGGUUCUUCAAGUAUACGACUGACCGGCUUAUCUACCCCAAUCCUCAGGCUAAGGUUCUGAAUGAGGAUUACAUCAAACAUUACUUCUUCAUUGGCAGGAUGCUGGGAAAGGCUAUCUAUGAGAACAUGUUGGCCGAGCUUCCAUUUGCCAGUUUUUUCCUGUCUAAGAUCCUGAGUCGCCACAGUGGAGACUUGGACAUCCAUCACCUGGCCUCUAUGGAUCCAGAAAUGUACAAAAAUUUACUUUUCCUGAAAAGCUAUGAUGGAGCUGUGUCUGAACUUGGCUUAGAUUUUUCGGUGUUAAAGAAUGACUUUGGGGCAGCCAAGAUAGAAGACUUGAAGCCAGGAGGUAGGAACAUCCCAGUGACAAACAACAACAGGAUAGAGUACAUCCACCUCAUGGCUGACUAUCUCUUAAACAGACAGAUUCGCCAGCACUGUCAUGCAUUUCGGGAAGGGAUGUCAGACGUCAUUGACCUGGACUGGCUGCGGAUGUUUGAUCACCAUGAACUUCAGGUGCUGAUUUCAGGGGCGUCUGUGCCUGUCAAGAUUGACGACCUCAGACAUCACACAAACUACUCAGGAGGAUACACAGCUGACCAUCAUGUCAUCAAACUGUUCUGGAAAGUGGUCAACAGUUUUACAGAUCAACAGAAGCGCCAGCUCCUCAAGUUUGUCACCAGCUGUUCCCGACCGCCUCUGUUAGGCUUCAAGGACCUGUAUCCUGCCUUCUGUGUACACUAUGCGGGUUCUGAAGUGGAUCGCCUUCCCACAGCCAGUACCUGUAUGAACCUCCUAAAACUGCCCGAGUUCAAAGACGAAGAAACCAUGAGAAACAAGUUACUUUAUGCCAUAGAAUCAGAAUCUGGCUUCGAAUUAAGUUAACACCAGAUUGUACAGUGUUUAAGAUGAAAAAAGCCAUUAUGAACUGACUGUAUGGAAACAGUUGGAAAUUGUAUAGAAUGCUGCAGAGUUGGGUAACAGUGCAUUAAAGCACAUUCAUGUUCAAGCUGCUGAAUGGCAUCUGAUCAUAAAUUCAUCAUUUACAGCCAUAAUUGUAAUGCCUUAGGCGCGACAUUGAAAUUCAAGGCUUCCAUUGUACAAAUUAAUGUGAAAAUAUUUAUACUCUUCUGAAAAUAUUUGUCAUAGAAUUUAUUUAAUUGUCUUGAAUAAAACCAAACUACUGAACCCGUAACAAAUGAUACCGAAGAAUUUCCUAUGUCUGAAUGGAUAUGAAACUAUGAUAGGAUGACAAUGAAUCAGAUCUAGAGAAAGGCCAUAUGAACACUGGCCAGGGAAUGACACUCGUUCAAGAACGAUUUUCUCAAUAAGUUAGACCUUGAAUCCAAGAGACCAGUAUUCCAUGUUCCAUUUUCCUUGCUGGAUUUGAACAUUUGUUCGUUACAUGUACUGUAGGUGAUGCCAUUUGCGUGACUAGAUGUACAUCUAUGAGAAAAAGCCUUGAAAACCCAGCACUUUGUCAUACUUGGAGGUAAUAUAGUAUUUUGUUGUUAAAGAUGUGAAACUUCUCUUUGGCAAUGAAAUCGGAAGACUGCAGUUCAUAUAGCUGUCAUACAUAUUACUGUGAAUGCCCGGUUUCCUCUCACCAGAAUGCUGGCCGCCGUUGUAUAAGUCAAAUAUUCUUGAGUACGGCGUAAAACACCAAUCAAAUGAAUAAAAUAUUACGAUAAAUGUCCUGUUGUGACAAGCGUUUUACUUUGAUUCGAACUGCAGCAAAACUGUUACUGGAUGUUUAUUCAAUAAUAACCUCUGUUUCGUGGUUUUUCUGGAGCAAAAAAUGGGUGCUUUUAAGUUUCAGUUAUAUCAAGACUUUUACAAGUUUCACAAUUAGCUCGGACAAUCGGUCGACCUCAUGUUAGUCAACCAGAAAACGUUAUGGAAGAGACCACUCUGCUUCGUGUCUGACCAUCGUAAAUAUUUUGUGUUACAUGAACUUGCACAUGUUAGAGAAACUGCAGGAAUUAGGAUAUUGGCAGUGUGGAAAUGAUGUAAGUGUGUACCGGAAAUGUUCAGGCUUUGAACUGUAGAGCCGCAUUCAGCUCGAGUUCACACGUGUAACUAGUGUUUAUGAAGAUCUGUGGGGGGAUACAUGUAAGAGGAAAUUCCUAUUUUCAACAUGAUCUCAAAUGAUUACUUGGGCCUCGUUGAUCAAAACUGUUGUAAGAUUUAAUACCGGAUUUAACUUUAAUACAAGUCUUCAGUUUUGUAAGUGCGUAACAGUAUAUUAAAUAUGAACUAAAUCUGUUGCUGUUAUGCUUUGACUGUGGACAACUGUAUUGAUUGUUGAGUUGAGUGUAAAAUUAUAUAUAUAUAAUAUGACUUAAUACCAGUAUUAGCUUCUACACUUUCUAACAACUGACCUCGAAGGAAUACUCCGGGAAGGUUCACUCAAACAGCUGUAGUAAGCUUUAUUUACAAUUCUACUUAAAGCCUUCUGUAGUAAUGGAAUCUCGGACAUGGUGUUUAUUAGUAAGAUUGGUUUUGUUCAUGCAUUAUUUAUGAGAAUACUGGUUGGUAAUGGAGUUAGGCCUUCUGCCAUACUAUUCAUGUCCAAACGAUUUUAAUAUUUUAAGAGCUGAAUCGGAAAUUCUGUUAGCGGACACUUUUGGGCGAUAAGAGGCUUUAUAUGAAAGGGAAAUACAUUCAUGAUUUGAUCAAGUUUAUUAGAACUAUUGAUGUUCAUCGUUUUUUGGGCGAUACGUUCAGGCGGGCUAGGCCUAUAACCUUAGAUGAUCUUCCUUGUGUGGACAUUUUGCUGACGUGUACAGUGUUUUCACAUCCUGGUACAUCCUAACAACUUUACUGCACCUUUGAUUAAUUGUGAGUUGUAGGUAGCCCUGUUACAUAACUUUUCCUUGAUUGUAAAAGUAAAUGUAAUACAUGUAUAUCAAUAUCAGCUCUGGAAUAAUAUUUAUCUGCAAUUAAAUUUAAAAUUUGGGAAUUUUGUACCGAUGUAUAGAAGCCGUUCUUUUAUCAAGGCUUGCUCUGUGAUAACACGUUACAUCCCGCCCCGACCCAGCCCCCAACAAUGUGUCCCUACAAAUGAACUGCUCAUAAUGGUGAUAUAUUGUAACAUUGCUGUUUGUCAUGUUACUUUUUGGCACUUUUCACUCAUAUGGAAUUCAAAUAUACGUGAUAAUUUAAAUGAA